UUCCCCUUCAGUACCAGUCGAAGAAUUCGAAGACGCAAACAAACACACAUAUCUGAGAGAGAAGAAAUUGCAGACGUAACGCAAUUCAUCUGUUUGUUUCUCUCAAUUUGUUAGAUUAGAAUCGUUUUCGUCGUUGUUAAUGUCAAAAAACAACAACAUGGAAAUUGGUAGAAUCAAUGAUGAUCGUCGUGAGGCGGCAGAGGAGGAGGAUGUGGAUGAAGAAAAGAUGGACAAGUUCUUUGCUCUGAUUAGAAACUUUCGGGACGCUCGAGAUCGUCGGAGGAAUGAAUUGAAACAAUUGCAGAUCCGAAACAACAACAACAACAACAACAAUAACGAGAAUCUUAAGAAGAGGAAAGCAGAUCAAGAUCAUCAUCGUCGUCAGGAGCAAUCCAGGAGUUGGGUACCCUCAUUUGAAUGGGAAGAUUUCAAUGAUCAUCGAAAAACUCUGAUCUUUUCAAAUCCUAAUCCUAAUCCUAUCAACAGCAAUCAUCAACAACAACAACAACAGCGCAAGAAUGAAGAUCAACAAUGUGAUGAAACUGGCUUGGAUCUUAAACUCACCCUCUAGAUUCUUGUUAAAGAAAACAGAGUAUUGUUUGUUUCAUCUCUCUUUUAAUUUCUGUAAUUAAUUAUUUGAUUUCUUUUUAUUCAAUUUAUGAAAACCCCCCAGAAUGCUCUAA